ACCUUCUCUACUUUGUCCAAAUCCAAAACCCAACUGCUCUCAUUCCCGCCCUUCGCACCCCUCUCUCUCUCUCUCUCUCUCUCUCUCUCAAAAGAGGGAAAAAUGGCGGAGAAAGGGAAGGCGACGUCUCUCUCGGCGGGAUCGGCGCGAUCUAAAGUGGACAAGUCAUUCAAACGCGCUCUUCUUCCCCUUCUCUCGACUGGUUCCAUGGAGGAGAUCCGCAAAGCCUUUCCAAGUUUUUCAAGUAAUGACCAAGAACAUCUCCAGCAGCUAUUCAUCAAGGUUAUUACUUCACUCCAUGGACACAUAGAGGAUGUUUUUCAAUCACUAUGUGACGAAAUGAAGGUGGGAACAGUUCUGGAUACUGUGGAACAACUUGUUGAGGAACAGAGUCUGGACCUUUUGAAGUCAGAUAAGACAAAUGUAUUGGACAUAGCAAGAGAUUUGUCAAUUUCGAAGCAGAACGAGAUUCAGCACUUGAGAGAAGUGCUGGAAAAGGCUGAAGAGCAUAAUCUUCGAAUUUGUGCUCGUCUGGAGCUUAUUAAGAAAGGGAAACAACAAUCAUCUGUCACUCAAGAUGCUCUUCAGAAGCUGUUGGAUCAAUGCAAAUCGAGCAGUUGAUGAGUGGGAUGCGGAGCUACAAGACAUUCAGCGGUUGAAGGCCCUUACAUCGAGAUAACUUGUAACUCCAAUUACUUUGAGGAAAUUGCUCCGACUUCUGUGUUGAUACACGACAAUUAUAUGACUCAACAAGCUGAGUUGUAAUUUUCUCCCCUUUCACUUCCUUUUAUUGUGUGGAAGAAGAGUAUGCCUUUUGGACCAACUGUAUGACGCUAUUGAAGUGGUAGGGAGCGGCAAUUAAGCUUUUA